UUCUUCAGAUGUUUACUGUCUAGUUUCCGAUCUUCGAUCCUCUUCAAUCUUCUUCUGGAAGUGUAAGAUCUGCAGGCGUUACUCGUGCUCUUUCCGCCAUGUUCGUCAAAAAGUUCGUGGAAAAGGCUUUCAAGCCUGGAGUAAAUUUGAAUGGUUUGAAACCUGAUGACAUAAAUCCCCGCCUUGUUUUUCACUAUGGGAUCCCAGCUGGAUCCACAUUAUUGGCUUAUGACUCCAUUCAAAAGAUACUUGCAAUUUCUACAAAAGAUGGCCGAAUCAAACUACUUGGACAAGAUAACACUCAAGUUCUACUGGAGUCUAAUGAGGCAGUUCCGAGCAAGUUUUUACAGUUUCUCGAGAACGAACACAUCCUUUUGAAUGUAACUGCCCGAAACCACAUUGAGGUAUGGGACAUAUACACAAAGCAGUUAUCUUAUGUACAUAUAUUUGAAGAAGAAAUUACUUCUUUCGCAGUCAUCCAACAGAGUCCCUAUGUGUAUAUUGGAGAUUCUCUGGGAAAUGUUUCUAUUUGGAUGCUUGAUCAAGAACUAUGUCAUUUCAUACAGAUGAAAUACCACAUUCCUUUUUCAGCAUCUCAUGGGAAUACAACUGAAGUAGCAGAUAAUGCUUCUGUAUUGCAUAUAUUACCACAACCAAUGGCUGAGAGUAAGAGGGUCCUUCUAAUUUUUAGAGAUGGUCUUAUCAUCCUUUGGGGAAUCCAAGAAAGUAAAGUCAUUUUUGUAACGGGUGGAAGCAUGCUCCACUCAUUAUGUAAUGAAACAAAAAAAGUAACUUCUGCAUGCUGGGCAUGCCCAUUUGGAAGUAAAGUAGUUCUUGGUUACAGCAAUGGAGAGAUUUUCGUUUGGAGUAUUCCGCUCAUUUCAGAGACAAAAUGUGAAAUACAAGCUGAUAAAGAUCUUUGUGCUUCUCAAAAUGUUCCUAUUUGUAAGCUCAAUCUCGGGUAUAAGAUGGAUCAAAUCCCUAUAGUUUCGUUGAAGUGGGUUUAUGCAGAUGGAAAGGCUAGUCGAUUAUAUGUUAAUGGUGCCUCUAGUUCUGUGUCCUCGAACUUGUUACAGGUAAUAAUGAUGAAUGAACAUACAGAAUCCCGUACCAUUAAGUUCAUGUUUCCUCUUCCAGAACCGUGUCUAGAUAUGGAAAUCAUUUCAAGCUCCAGUGACCAAAGCAAACAAAAAGGAGACUCUCUUCUCAUCCUGCUAAAAUCAGGCCAGCUGUAUGUUUAUGAUGAUUCCACAAUUGGAAAGUAUUUAUUACAGAGCCAGUCAAAGUCACCUACGUCAGUCCCAAAGGAGGUAGUAGUAAAGCUGCCAUUUGUGGAUUCAAGCAUCACCAUAGCAAAAAUCAUUACAAAUGAUUCAACUCUGUUAACUUCUACUGAUGAGGAUUACAAUUCGCUUGCAAAAAAUUCCACACCAUUGCUUCCCAAUGAUAUGAAAGGAAAAGAUGCAAAUAACUCAUACUCAACACAUUUCAGUGGGUUUGCGAAGAUUAAAAAUUUGUAUAUAACUGGGCACAGCAAUGGAGCUAUAAAUUUUUGGGAUCUGUCUUUCCCUCUUUUCCUUCCGAUUUCAUCAAUAAAUCAACAGAGUGAAGAAGAUUACUCCUUAAGUGGUGUUCCAGUGGCAGCAUUAUAUUUUGAUAGCAACUCCCGCGUUCUUGUCUCUGGAGAUCAAAGUGGAAUGGUCCGUAUCUUUCAAUUCAAACCUGAGCCCUUUGCUUCAGAAAACAAUUUCUUAGGAAGUGCAAAGAAAGGGUGCUGCCACAUCAUCCAUAAGGUUAAACUUAUUAAGGUUAAUGGAUCUGUACUUUCUAUCAACAUUAACCAUGGCUCUGGACAUCUUGCCCUUGGUUCUGAUAAAGGAUAUGUUUCACUAGUUGACAUGGAAGGACCCACUAUAUUAUAUCAAAAACAAGUCAUGAGUGAACUAUGUACUGAUGUGAUAUCUCUGCAGUCUGGUACCUGCAGCUUUCAUGGUUUUGAGAAGAAUAUUUUAUUUGUAGCAACAAAAGACUCAUCAGUAAUAGCUCUAGACAGUGACUCUGGGAACACAUUGAGCAAUACUAUGGUCCAUCCUAAGAAGCCAUCUAGAGCUCUAUUCAUGCAGAUUUUGGAUGGACAAGAAGGAUUUGAAACAUCUGAUGGUCUUGAUUCAAGUAAAGGAAACUGCGUUGAGGAUACGAUUCCAAAGAAAUCAUUAUUGUUGUUGUGCUCUGAGAAAGCUGUCUAUCUGUAUUCCCUAGAGCACGCAGUUCAGGGAGUCAAGAAGGUGCAUUACAAGAAAAAAUUUCAAGGAACUUGUUCCUGGGCAUCAACAUUUUGUACUCCCCGCAAUGAUGUUGGUCUCAUACUCCUUUUCACUAGUGGUAAAAUCGAAAUAAGGUCUCUUCCAGAAUUAUCUCUUGUUAAGGAAACUUCAAUCAGAGGUUUCAUAUUUUCAAAUUCUAAGUCAACCUCUUGGUCAGAUAGUCCAAUAUGCUCUUCAUUUGAUGGAGAACUCAUUCUGGUGAACGGUGAUCAAGAAGCCUUCUUUGUGUCUGUUCUUUCUGGCAAUGAAAUCUAUAGGCUUUUGGACCCUAUAAGCCAAGUCUACCAGAAGGAUCUGAUGUGUUUACAAGAAAGUCCUGUCUGUAGACCCAUUAUCCAUAAAGAAAAGAAAAAGGGUAUAUUCAGCUCUGUAAUUAAAGAUUUAACAGGAAAUAAAGUGAAGAAUGGACCGAAUGCAGAAGUGGAAGACUCCAAAGCAAAUAUUGAAGCAUUGUCGACCAUAUUUUCACAUGCUAAUUUUCCAAUGGUCGCAGAGAACAGAAACAGCCGGGCUGUGGAUGAAGAUGUUGAGCUGAAUAUAGAUGAUAUUGACCUUGAAGACCCAGGAGACAGUUCGAAGGCCCAUAACGUGAUUCCAGCUCUAAAUAAGCAGCUGACCAGAAAAUUUCAAGCAAUUAAAGGUAAAUUGAAACAGAUCAAGGUCAGAAAUGAUAAAACUUCAGUAAAAGAGGAGCAUGAAGAUGAGAAGGUUGAUACAGUUGAUCAAAUCAAGAAGAAGUACGGAUUCCCUUUGUAUGGGGACACAAGUGCUGCUAAGAUGGCAGAAAACAAGGUCCAGGAUAAUUUGAGGAAGUUGCAGGGCAUCAACAAUCGAACUGCAGAGAUGCAGGAUACUGCUCAAUCUUUUUCGCUAUUGGCAAAGGAUGUACUGCGAACUGCUGAACAGGAUAGGCGAAGUUCAUAAGUCCUCCAGGUUGUCGAUACAUUCAUUUUUUUCCCUUGUUUGAGGGAAUUUGUUUUGGUAUAUACUGGUUUGUAACUGAUUAAU